UGUGCCAAGCGCGCCGUGUCCUCGCCACCACACCGCGCCGCGCCGUACUGUAACACUGGUGACGAUGGAGCCGCUGGUCUGACCGCGGCAGUCUGAGCUGUGAGAGGAGAGGAGGACGAGGAGCGACACCGACCACAUCACCGGCGGGAGACGGACGGAUCGGACGGACGAUGGCAACCAGCCUGGCCGCGGCUCGUACCUAAACCCGUGCGCACUGCGGAGCCGCCCGGAGGACUCUAAUAACCCCCCCACACCCACACCUCCCACCAUCCACCCGCCCCCGAACUGAAGGAAUGUGUCGCGGCGCCGACACGGUGUAGUAAAGUAACGAGCCGGCAGCGAGGUCACCGGAGACGAAGUUUACGCGCUGACAUUUGUGCUGCGGCGACGACGGGUUUUGCGCAUGAAUGAAUGAGCGAGUGAGUGAAUGACGCCGCCGCCGCCGCGGAGGCACCGGUUCUCGUAGGCAGAUAGAUUUCACGGAAUAUUAGGGAAGAACAAGUGUAGUGACGCGAAGAGACACAGGUCGAGCGUUUGGAAACAUUUUUUUCCCUCCUCCUUCUCAUUCUGUGGAUGUGAGUCUCUGUGCGCAUCGGAAGACGCCAGCCGCGCCGGAUCGCCGGCAGAUGCACUUUGGACCGCAGAGAAACAUGUGAAGACCCUCGCAAAGGUUUUUUCUGGGCCCGGAAAUUAGCCUUCAGCAACAAAAAGGCGAAGGUCUCUUCCCAUCCCUCCGCCCCUCGUCCGUUCUCUCCUCUUCCUCUGCCCCUCCCUUGCUGGCCCGUCAAACAUGGAGGGCCGGCGGGCUGACCGCAGGACUUUAUCACCCGACCCUCGCGUGGGAGCUGUCGCUGCCCUGCUGAGCUUCUGGCUCUUGGCGAUCCCCGUCAUGUGCGGCGGGCAGACGUUCACCAGUUUCCACCCUGAACGCCGGGACUGGGUCUUCGACCACCUGACGGUUCACCAGACCACAGGGGUGUUGUAUAUCGGAGCGGUCAACCGCGUGUACAAGGUCUCGGCCAACCUGACCCUCCUUGUUUCCCACGACACGGGCCCGGAGGACGACAACAAGGCCUGCUACCCACCUCUGAUCGUGCAGCCCUGUUCGGAGCCGCUCGUCUCCACCAACAAUGUCAACAAGCUGCUCCUCAUCGAUUACUCGCAAAAUCGCUUGCUGGCCUGUGGCAGCCUCUACCAGGGCGUCUGUAAACUCCUCAGACUGGACGACCUCUUCAUUUUGGUGGAGCCCUCUCAUAAGAAGGAGCACUACCUCUCCAGCGUCAACCAGACGGGGACCAUGUAUGGGGUGAUCGUGCCUUCACAAGGCCAGGACGGGACCCUGUUCAUCGGCACGGCGGUGGACGGAAAGCAGGACUACUUCCCCACCAUCUCCAGUCGAAAGCUUCCCCGCGACCCCGAAUCUUCGGCUAUGCUCGACUACGAGUUGCACACCGACUUCGUGUCCUCCCUCAUCAAGAUACCGUCGGACACGCUGGCGCUGGUCUCCCACUUUGACAUUUACUAUGUGUACGGCUUCGCCAGCGGCAGCUUCGUCUACUUCCUGACUGUCCAACCCGAGACGCCGGAGAACAGCAUGUCGUCCAGCGGCUCCACCAGCGACCUCUUCUACACGUCCCGCAUCGUCCGCCUCUGCAAAGACGACCGCAAGUUCCACUCCUACGUCUCCCUCCCCGUCGGCUGUGUGAAGAACGGCGUCGAGUACCGGCUGCUGCAGGCCGCCUACCUCGGCAAGCCGGGCCGCGUUCUCGCCGCCUCGCUCGGCAUCGGCGCCCAGGACGACGUGCUCUUCACCGUCUUCUCGAAGGGCCAGAAGCAGUUCCACCGGCCGCCGGACGACUCGGCGCUCUGCGUCUUCACCAUCCGAGACAUCAACGCGCGGAUCAAGGAGCGCCUGCAGUCCUGCUACCAGGGCGAAGGGAACCUGGAGCUCAACUGGCUGCUCGGGAAGGACGUGCAGUGCACCAAGGCGCCGGUGCCCAUCGACGACUCCUUCUGCGGUCUGGACAUCAACCAGCCGCUCGGAGGCUCUCAGCUGGUCACCGGUCACACUCUCUACACUGAGACGCGCGACCGCAUGACCUCCGUCACCUCCUACGUCUACAACGGCUACUGCGUAGCCUUCGUGGGCACCAAGAGUGGAAGGCUCAAGAAGAUUCGCGUCGACGGGCCUCCGCACGGCGGCGUCCAGUACGAGACGAUAUCGGUCAUCAAGGACGGCAGUCCCGUCCUGCGAGACAUGGCCUUCUCCCUCGACCGCAACUACCUCUACGUCAUGUCUGAGAGACAGGUUACCCAAGUUCCCAUCGAGUCCUGUGAGCAGUACGGGACCUGCGGAGAGUGUCUGAGCUCCGGGGACCCACACUGCGGCUGGUGUGUCCUGCACAACAUCUGCUCUCAGAGGAACCGGUGUGAGCGCGCCGAUGAGCCGUACCGAUUCGCCGCCGCUCUCAACCAGUGUGUGAAGGCUACAGUGUACCCGGACAGCAUCGCAGUGUCAGAACCCAGCGUACCUCUGCUGGUGAAGGUGAGCGAUGUUCCGGACCUUUCCGCGGGCAUCACCUGCUCCUUUGGCAACCUGACAGAGGUGGAGGGGCAGGUCAACGGCGACCAGAUACUCUGCGUGUCUCCUGCUGCCAAGGACGUCCCCCUCAUCCCCACUGACCAAGACUGGUCCGGCGUUGAGCUGAGGCUGAAUUCCAAGGAGACUGGCCAGAUGCUAAUCAGCACCGAGGUCAAGUUUUACAACUGCAGCGUCCACCAACUGUGCCUGUCGUGUGUGAACAGUGCCUUCCGCUGCCACUGGUGCAAGUACCGCAACUUGUGCACCCAUGACCCCUCCAGCUGUUCCUUCCAGGAGGGACGAGUCAACGCUUCAGAGGACUGUCCCCAGCUGGUGCGCUCCGAGGAGAUCCUGAUCCCAGCGGGGGAGGUGAAGCCCAUCACCCUGAAGGCCAGGAACCUGCCACAGCCGCAGUCUGGCCAGCGGGGCUACGAGUGUGUCCUCCACAUCCAGGGCGUCAGCCACAGAGUCACCGCCCUGCGCUUCAACAGCUCCAGCGUGCAGUGCCAGAACAGCUCGUAUCUGUACGAGGGAAUGAAAAUCAGUGAGCUGCCUGUGGAUUUCUCAGUGGUGUGGAACGGCAACUUCAUUAUCGAUAACCCAGAGAACAUCCAAGUGCACCUCUACAAGUGUGCGGCCCAGCGCGACAGCUGCGGCAUGUGUCUGAAGGCGGAGAGGAAGUUCCAGUGUGGCUGGUGCAGCGGCGAGGGGAGGUGCACCCUGCGGCACCACUGCCCUCCCAUCAACCCUUACACCACCCGCUGGCUGAACCUGUCCAGCAAGAAUGUCAAGUGCACCAACCCACGCAUCACUGAGGUGACCCCGGUGGCCGGACCCCCGGAGGGAGGCACGCGUGUGACCAUCCACGGCACGAACCUCGGCCUGGCCUUUUCAGACAUGGUGGGAAACGUGGAGGUGGCGGGGGUGAGGUGUGCCCCCGUGGAGGAGGGCUACAUCAUAGCUGAACAGAUUGUGUGUGAGAUGGAUGCGUCUCCCAGAGACAGCCGACCUGGUCCGGUCCAGCUGUGUGUGGGAGAUUGCCGACCGGAACUCAAAGCUCGCUCCUCGCAGCUCUACUCCUUUGUGACGCCCUCGGUCACGGGUCUCUCCCCCAGCAGAGGUCCCGAGUCUGGGGGCACGAAAGUCACCAUCAUGGGGGAAAAUCUGGGCGCCGGCAGCAGCGUCACCGUUCAGUUUGGAAACCAGACGUGCGAGUUCUUCGGACGCACCAUGACGGAGAUAGUCUGCUACUCCGCCCCGUCCCUGUCCGGCGUCGGCCCGGUGCAGAUCAGCGUGAGCGUGGACCGUGCCCAGAUCAGGGAGAGCCUCACCUUCGAGUACAUCGAAGACCCGACCGUCCAACGCAUCGACCCCGACUGGAGCAUCGCCAGCGGCCACACCCCACUGACGGUCACGGGAACCAAUCUGGACGUGGUUCAGGAGCCCAGGAUCCGGGUCAAAUACGCCGGCCGGGAGUCUGUGAACGUCUGUAAAAUCUUGAACACCACGAGCAUGAGCUGCUUCGCCCCCUCCCUGAUGGCGGAAUACCAUCCGGGCCUGGACACGGUGAAGCACGCGGACGAGUUCGGGUUCAUCUUCAACAACGUCCAGUCGCUGCUGGUCUUCAACAACACCAACCUCCUCUACUACCCCAACCCUUACUUUGAGCCCCUGAGCGCCACCGGUGUCCUGGAGCAAAAGCCGGGCUCGCCCAUCAUUCUCAAGGGCAGAAACCUGGUUCCCCCGGCGCCAGGAGGGGCGAAGCUUAACUACACGGUGCUGAUUGGAGAGACUCCCUGCUCCGUCACUGUGUCGGAGAGCCAGCUGCUGUGUGAGCCGCCCAACCUCACGGGGCAAUACAAAGUCAUGGUCCAAGUCGGCGGCCUCCACGUUUCCCCCGGUGCGGUGCACAUCAUGUCGGACAGCCUGCUGACCCUGCCCGCCAUCGUCAGCAUCGCCGCCGGCGGAGGCCUCCUCCUCAUCAUCGUCAUCCUGGUGCUCAUCGCAUACAAGCGGAAGUCACGCGAGAACGACCUCACCCUCAAGCGCCUGCAGAUGCAAAUGGACAACCUGGAGUCGCGCGUCGCCCUGGAGUGCAAAGAAGCCUUUGCCGAGCUACAGACGGACAUCAAUGAGCUGACCAGUGACCUGGACAGAGCCGGUAUCCCCCAUCUGGACUACAGGACGUACGCCAUGAGGGUUCUCUUCCCCGGCAUCGAGGAUCAUCCUGUCCUCAGAGAACUGGAGGUGUCGGGCAACGGGCAGCAGCACGUGGAGAAGGCCCUGAAGCUGUUCGGCCAGCUCAUCAACAACAAAGUGUUCCUGCUCACCUUCAUCCGCACGCUGGAAAUGCAGCGCUCCUUCUCCAUGCGGGACCGCGGCAACGUGGCCUCGCUCAUCAUGACCGCGCUGCAGGGCCGCCUGGAGUACGCCACCGACGUCCUCAAGCACCUGCUGUCGGACCUCAUCGACCGCAACCUGGAGAGCAAGAACCACCCCAAGCUGCUGCUGCGCAGAACGGAGUCGGUUGCAGAGAAGAUGCUCACAAACUGGUUCGCCUUCCUCCUUCACAAAUUCCUCAAGGAGUGUGCUGGGGAGCCGCUGUUCAUGCUGUACUGCGCCAUCAAGCAGCAGAUGGAAAAGGGGCCCAUCGAUGCCAUCACUGGAGAGGCCCGUUACUCCCUGAGCGAAGACAAACUUAUUCGCCAGCAGAUUGAGUACAAGACCCUGAUCCUGAACUGCGUGAACCCGGACAACGAGAACAGUCCGGAGAUUCCCGUGAAGGUGCUGAACUGCGACACGAUCACCCAAGUGAAGGAGAAGAUACUGGACGCCGUUUACAAGAACAUGCCCUAUUCUCAGCGGCCGCGUGCUGUCGACAUGGACCUCGAGUGGCGUCAGGGGCGAAUGGCUCGCGUGGUGCUGCAGGAUGAAGACAUCACCACCAAGAUAGAAAAUGACUGGAAGAGACUCAACACUCUCAUGCACUACCAGGUGUCCGACCGCUGCGUUGUGGCUCUGGUGCCGAAGCAGACCUCGUCGUACAACAUCCCGUCCUCGGCCAGCAUAUCACGCAGCUCCAUCAGCAGAUACGACUCUUCGUUCCGCUACACGGGCAGUCCCGACAGCCUUCGAUCGCGCGCGCCCAUGAUCACGCCCGAUCUAGAGAGCGGUGUGAAGGUGUGGCACCUGGUGAAGAACCACGAGCACGGAGACCAGAAGGAAGGAGACCGCGGCAGCAAGAUGGUCUCCGAGAUUUAUCUGACCCGGCUCCUGGCUACCAAGGGUACGCUACAAAAAUUUGUGGACGAUCUAUUUGAGACGUUGUUCAGCACCGUGCACCGCGGCAGCUCUCUUCCCUUGGCCAUCAAAUACAUGUUUGACUUCCUGGACGAGCAGGCGGACAAACAUGCCAUUCAUGACACAGACGUACGUCACACGUGGAAAAGCAACUGCCUCCCGUUGCGUUUCUGGGUGAACGUGAUCAAGAACCCGCAGUUUGUGUUCGACAUCCACAAGAGCAGCAUCACGGACGCCUGUCUGUCCGUCGUGGCUCAGACCUUCAUGGACUCCUGCUCCACGUCGGAGCACCGCCUCGGCAAAGAUUCCCCGUCCAAUAAGCUGCUCUACGCUAAAGACAUCCCCAACUACAAGAGCUGGGUGGAGAGGUACUACGCCGACAUCAACCGCCUGCCGUCCAUUAGCGACCAGGACAUGAACGCGUAUCUGGCGGAGCAGGCCAGACUCCACUCCACGGAGUUCAACAUGCUCAGCGCGCUCAAUGAGAUCUACUCUUACAUCAGCAAGUACAGCGAGGAGAUCACCGCUGCCCUGGAGCAGGAUGAGCAGGCGAGGAAGCAGAGGCUGGCCUACAAGGUGGAGCAGCUCAUCUCCGCCAUGUCCCUGGACAGCUGAGAGUGACCCCCACUGACGGACUGACAGAGAGAGAGAGAGAGAGAGAGAGAGACCACAAUCGUUACUGGACCCUCCCGAAAUGGUGGCACAUUAUUUACCUCUCAUCGUGGGGACUGCAACCACGACCCAGACCUGGGAUCUGCAGCCAGACAGUCAUGCAACUGCAUUAAUUUGUAAUACUCCCACUUUCCUCUCAUGAUGGCAUCAGCUGAAGGGGCCACAGACUGAGACAAGGGCCCCCGCAGCUGGACCUCAUGGUGGCAUAAGGAAAGGUGCAUCAGCAGAGAGGGCAACAACAUCGCAACAGCUUGUAUUUUAUUUAUUUUAUUUUUUUUGGUUUGUUUCUUUUUCUCAAAGGAAAUUUUCUCUCAGUUUAACAGGAAAUUGUGUGUGUGUGUGUGUGUGUGAGCGUGUGUGUGUGUUUGUGUGUGUGACUCCUGCAAAGAGUUCUCUGCUCCGUCAGAAACUCACAUCCAAGUGUGAAAUGGAGACACACGAGGAGCACAGGAGCCAAUCUCAUGCUGAGUUUGCAUUCAGAUUUUUUAUUUUUGUACUUGUACAUUUGAAUAUUAUUAUUAUUAUCAGUUGCAGUUGAAACCUCCACCCAGGACGCUGUUCAGUGUUGGUGUACAAAGAAAAGUGUGUAACACUGCAGCAGGGCGGCCACGGAACACGUCUUCUCUAACCCCUCGCCUCCUCGGACGCCACGCGUCACCUGGCACGGACAGAGGCGUCUGCUCUCCAUCCAAUCGGAAGUGUACAGGACGCCACGAGUGCCUGUGCUCGUCACGCGGCGCAGCUCAGCCGGCGCAGCGUGAUGCUUGCACCCGAGCGGAGGAUGACGGAGGGGAAGUCUUCUGUGUACCUAAGGAGACGACCUUGUGAUUCAAACGUCCGAGGCUUCUGCUCAGCAGUGAGGUCAUCUGUGUAUGUACCGAUCGACACUUGCCAAUCUGUGUAUGUGAAUGUACAAAAUGUUUUUGUUUUUGUUUGUGUGUGUCUGUUUGAGUUUUGCCAACAAACAAAAGGGGGCUCAGUUGAACUGAGCGCCCUUAGAUAUUUCCAGCAGCUCGUCAGUUGUGAACAGUUCCGUUUGUCUGUCCUGCCCACCCCCCCUCCCCCUCGCAGUCCGUCCAGCUACAUUAAUUACCCAUAAAUCACUGUUCUGCCAGAGGGGAAGAGUGUGUCGUCCGCAUUGUGAGCAGUUUAGUAGAUGCCAACGGCCUUGAAUAAAGAUGGACGACUCAUCUCCGCCUCCUCCCACUGUACAAAAAAUGGAGCCAAAACAUCCCGGAUGCGGGAGCUGCCAUCUUGCACUGGUGACGUUAUUUGGGCAUCGAGGUGCCGCCGGUACACGCGCUCGACCAAUCACGGGUCAGCCGUCAAUCACGUUUCACGCCAUUUCCAAACAUGAACACGAUGUCCCAUCUGCUAACGCCGAGGGGGCGGGGUUUGUGACCUAUGCUGCAGCCAGCCCCCAGGCGUCACGUCGUCCAUCUUUUCACCCCCGUACAGUCUGCGGUGGCGAGACCGAGCGCUAGAGACUCUCCACGAUGUAUAUCUCUUCACUGUUCGUAUCUCUUUGGGAACUUGAUCGACUCUCUGUGUCCUUUGCGCGCACCGCUAGCGCACAUCACACAGCUGUUCGAGGGUCCAUCUUUGAUUUGAUCCGGUGCCAACGAGUCUUCGCGCGGACGACGGGAAGAAGCCGAGCUGCGUGGGUCAAGUCUGACCCGAGUGCCAAAAAUAAAAGACCCCGUCUUUUUCCCAGAUUCGUCGCUUUUUAACGUGUCAAAAAUCGGUUUAUGCUUUACACAGAGAGCAGAAAGCUCUCGCACUCUGGAGAGCGCGGAGCCGGUUGAAGUCCAAGCUUGUCGAACUGGAAAGGCGAGUUCAAAAAAAACAAAAAAAAACUAGGUACGAAACAUAGGCGGGGAGAAAAGAGAUCUCGGGAUUGAGGAAGAAUUCAGAAACACACACACACAUAAGACGGAGUGUGUUUCAUGUCGUGUGGAUGCGUCUGCUGACUUUAAACCAAACAGUCCCGAGCCGGAAGGCCGGUGUGACCUUCCGACCUUUCUGGCUGGACGACAGCAAACUGUAGAUUCCGUCCUCUGGAUACGCAAUCUUUCAUUUUCCUCCGAGAUAUAUAUUUGCUUGUUGUUUACAUCAAGUACUUGAAAAUAUGUAGUAUUAAAGGUUUGUACAGUAUUCUGCAAGUGUGCGUGUGUGUUGAGAGUGUGCGAUAAAAACACCAUGAGUGGGUGAAAGGUGCUUCUUUUCUCCGUGGCCUUAGAUACCCACCUGCUCACUGUUCCCCCGAUCUCAUUAGUCCUCCACUCCAGCACAGUUUGUGUCCGUGCUUUCGGAGCCCAGUGGGUUGCUUUUCUUCUCCUUCCAGUGACUCCUGGCCCAGGCGCUCUGCUGCGAGACAAAGUCAGAGGAGAGGUGAAGAGGGUACCGGCCCUGACUCUUGGCAGACGGCGCCUCGCUCGGCGCUCAGUCUGCCUCACGCCGUUUGAAGAGAAGUGGCGAGAAAACGAGGAGGGAAGGAGCGAGAGAGAGAGAGAGAACCCCUUUAGCUCCAGUUUCCUGCUCCAGCUUUGAAGCCGCCCUCUGAUCUGAGUCAGUUGUGUGCACAGUGUGAUCAGGAGAUGGAGAGUAGAAGAAGAGAACAUCAAACGUAGGCGCCAGGGAGAAAUGUAAGAUGAGGCGAUGGAUGACUGACACGUCGUUGCCGAGUCUGGCCAGUGGGGGCAGGAGUGGGGCGGCAGGAGCCGUGAUUCGCUCCCUCGUCUGGAACAAGCACCUUUUCACUCCCAUCAUCUACUGUAGAUACACGACGGAGCGCGCACACACACACACACACACACGGAGCUUCUUCCUCUUUUGAUUAAGGCGUCUUCCCAAUUCCAGCGAAUAGAAUUGUAUCCUCGUCAUACCUCACAUUGCUUGUAAGGAGUAAUGCUCUUCUGUUUCUUUUUUGUUUUAAAAAAGUUUUAUCAGGACCUUAAGGCCUUUUCCUUUUCCUGAAGGGAUGAAAUGUAGGUUUAUUAGAGUCCCGUCCCCCCGUAUCCACAACCGCGACGAACCAAAUCAGAGGCGCAAAUUAGCAGAGAAGCGCCUGUGAUUUUUCUCUCAUAGAUCAUGGAAGUCAGGAGGUUUCCUUUUGUCUUGUGUGAGAACUGUGCACGCAUUUUAAACCCAUGCUUUAGUUGCACGUAGAGCCGCGCCGCCAAUAGUCUGAGUGCGAUUCUUCCCCCGAAAGGCCCCACUCGUACACGUCUUAAACCACAGCUGAAUGCACCUUUUCUAUGUGAAAGAGAUGUUUUUUUCUUCCUGUCUUUUGUUACUUAUGGCUCGUUUCCAUGCUGUGCGCUCAAUUCUGGGAAGCUUUUUAAAUUCAGACUGAACUGAGGAGAGGGAAAGUUUUGUUUACUGGUUUUCUGCAGCGCAGAAUAUUCCGUCCGACUGCCCGUCGUGGUGUGGACGGAUGCUCACGAACGCGACCUCAUUUCAGCUCAAGCUGAUCGCGAACUGAAGAUGCUUUGUGCACUUUUUUUUUUUCUUCGGCGUAGUGUGUUGCCGAAGAGAUGGUGUCGUGGUGUUUGCCUGACACGCGUCAUCAUUCCUUAUAUGAAACAAAAUAAUUUCAUCUGCAUUUUUCUUUUUGCUUUGUUUGUUUCAUGGCGUCAGCGAGAGGAACUGAAAUCCAGAUCAACGUAUUAAUCUCAAUUCAAAAUAUCACACACGGACUAUAAAAUGAGUAUCCUUCCAUUUUAAACACGUUGUAAAAACAAACCCUUUGUAGACACUGGAGUUCUGUAAAAUAGUAAUUUUCUGGCAAUGAUGAUGACGACGACGAUGAUGAUGAUAAUAAUAAUGGCUGUCUGUUCUUCUUGUUUUAUAAAAGUGUUGUGAAAAUUGUAAGAAACUUAAAGUAUUUAAAAAAAGGUUUGUUCUCUUGUUUUUUUUAUUUGCUUUGGUUUUGUUAUGAUAAUAUAUUAUUGUGUACUUAUUGUAAAUAUGAAGCACACCUAUUUUGCAAGCCAAGGAUUCACUUUGUACUGUUGUUAUAUAUAAAUAAACUUUGCUGGUUAAAAAUUGCAUAGAGCUGAAA